CAGUGAACUGAGCCAUGUUAGCAUUCCUGUCAUGUUGAUGCCAGAUGACUUCAAAGCCAAUGGUAAAAUCAAGAUUGACAAUCAUCUCUUUAACAAGGAAAAUUUGCCAAGUCAUUUCAAGUUCAAGGAGUACUGUCCCCAAGUCUUCAGGAAUCUUAGAAAUCUUUUCAGCAUUACAGAUCAUGAAUAUCAGAAUUCCUUUGUAUGUUCAGCACCAGUCUAUGAUGACUCUGCAGGUAAGAGUGGUGCAAAGUUUCUCCGGUCUAGCGAUGGGAUGUUUGUUGUCAAGACGAUAUCGAAAGAAGAGGUUGAACUCAUGCAUAAUAUUUUGCCACCCUAUCACCAGUACAUAGUUGAGAAGCAUGGAGAAACAUUGUUACCACAGUACUUGGGCAUGUAUAGGUUAACGGUUGAUGGAGCAGAGACGUAUAUGGUUAUCAUGCGGAGCAUAUUCGGUCACACAUUACCUAUCCAUAGAAAAUACGACCUGAAGGGCUCCCUCAUCGACAGGCAAGCCAGCGACAAAGAAAAGGCCAAAGAUCUUCCCACCUACAAGGAUAUAGACUUCCUGAGUGGUAACAGCAGGAUAAUAGUUGGACAACAGACCAAGGAUCAGAUAUUAACCAAACUCAAAUCAGACACGGAUUUCUUGUCCGAGUUGAAAAUCAUGGACUACAGUCUUUUGGUUGGGAUACAUGACAUGGACAAGUAUAAACAAGAAAGAGACGAGGAAGAGACAGCAAGCCAGGAGAAUGGGGAUGCAGUCAUUGAAGAAGAAGCAGAAGACUCUGGCAGCGGAGAGUGCCUGACCCCUCCCGAUAGCCCGGUCAUCUCGCCCAGGACAAGGCAUGUCAUGAUUGAGGAGUACGACCCAAGCACAGAUGUCUAUGCUGUCAAGGGAUUUGAGAUAUGUCCGAGGAAGCUGAUUUAUUUCAUGGCGCUAAUUGAUAUCCUGACUCAUUGGGGUGCUAAGAAGAAGGCUGCACAGGCUGCAAAGACAGUCAAACAUGGAGCUGGUGCUGAAAUAUCCUCCGUCAAACCUGAACAGUAUGCAAAGCGGUUUUUAGACUUCAUCUCAAAAGUAAUGGAAUGAACAACCGUCACAUACCGAAGAGACACGAUCUGAGACGUUUUAUCACUUCUCAAAUCUACUUCAUGAAAGACUGUUUUGUGACCAAGGAAAAAAAAAAACACAGGGUCUUCGCAGGGGAGCCGUCCAGUUACACGCAAGGUGUCCACACGAACGUGCCAAUUGUUUAUUUGUUGUAGUGGACAGAUCGCCUCAGACCCAUGUAAACAUACUAGGAGUAAGUUGGUGUGAAUGCACCUUGUUGGGCAGGUAAGGCUGGAGUGCAGGACUUGGAUGAUGGAAGAGAAAAAUCAUAGUUGAGAAAUUUAUCAAAGCUUGUUUUAUAUUGCUAUGCAUCUUGUCAGGGUGUUGUCUGAAUGUUAAUCUGCUUUGUAUGUACAAGUGUAUGGGAUCUAAAAGCCUGUUCAGACUUGAUGCGGCAAGGCUCAGUAAUUUUUCGUGUACUUUGGGAUGUGAGGGUUGGCAGGUGGCAUUUUCUUGUCACCUGGCUUUGAAAAGCUUUGGACCUACCAAUUUGUUUUUUCAAUAUGCCAGGAGUGUCCCCUCCAUGUUGGAAAAUACUUCUCUUUUGAUUAUAAAGAACUAAGAUGUUUAAUGCUCAUUUAAUAACAUGAAUCCGACCAUUUACCAAGGUCUGUGGUCUACAUGUAAAAGAAUUCUCUCAAAAAAUAAUUUCGUUUUGAAACACUUUAAAAAAAAAACACCUUAAAAAUAUAUUUAUUUUCUUUUUAAAUAAAAAUUGUUCUUAUUACAACCUUAACAUCUUAACUAUGCUUUAUUUUGGGCUUCUUUUUGUGCAUUUUCACUCCUCACUAUGCGAUACAUUAUCAGCAGUAUAAUAAUUGAGUUAUGUGUGAUGUAGCCAUCCACGAUUGCCCAGUUAUCGCCAUUGAAUGUAAUUAAAGUAUUUACAACCCAAUAUUUUGUGGGUAUAAAGUUUGUCCAAUCCUGUCGAGCUACUCUGUUCUGUCAUGUUUAGUGAUGAUUGAAACAGCUUUGAUGAAUUUCACGAGGUAUUUGGUCAAGAUACUCCUGUCUGAAGAAAUUUUUGUUAGUAAUGCCUGAUGUCAAAUUGGAUUCAAGGCUGUCUUUAAAACUUAUGGAUUAAUCUUAUGCUUUAUUAAUGUGAUUAAUUGCACAUUCCCUUUGUGCAAUCAAUUGUGAAAAUAAGUCAUGUGAUCAAUUUUUAUGCUUUCUGCAAUAGGAACCCAAGUGAUAUUUGGACUUCUACGCAGAAAUCACAUUGUAAAGAGGUGAAAGAGUUUGAGAAAAUAAAAAACACAAAAUAGUUACAAAUCGUGAUCAUUAAAUACAUGAUUAUUAAUGAUCAACCUUAAUGUGAUUGCUCUAUUGCAGGUCUUUUUAUAAAAUGAUUAACAAGUAUUAAGUUAGUCAUUUUGGAAUGAUAUGAAAGUUUGAUUUAUAAUUCAAGACUAUUCCAUUCUUCCUAUUUAGCACUAAAGUAUGUUCCAAUCAUUGGUAAAGAUGAGAAUAAAUUGAUGGAAAUCUUUAUACAACUUGCCCCCCCCCCCUGAAAGUCUUAGUUACACUGUACAGUGUAAGUGGAAAGUCAUUUAUUUUGUCAAUUUGUAUCAUUUGUAAUAUAUUUCUAUCUAUAAAUAUGUGAUACCAACUUUGUUGAUAUAAGAAAAAUACAGCACCUGAACUAUACAAUGUCCAUUGAAAUGUUGAUAUAGUGAGUUUUGUGGUGCUACAAUGUAUAAAUGAGUCCAUAUGAAAUGGACCCAUGUGUAGUUAAGAGUGUAAGAAACAAUGUUUAUUUUUGUUGGAUGUAUAGAAAACAUGAAUAUUGAAUAUGGCGACUGCACAUAGCUUGUUCUUCCCUAGGGAGCCGUGAUGUAAUUACGCCUAUAUCAAGUCCGCAUAAACCUGAUUUAUUAAAAUUGAGUAUUUGCAUACUAAAGCCAUAAACAAGCACUUAUUGCCCAUGGGGGAGGGGGGGGGGGGAACAAAAUCAGAUUUUGUCAUGUACAUGGUUUAGGAAAAAAAGGAGUGAUUUUGGUCAAUUCGGAGGGAUUUUUUCCUCCAUUCAUGUAAUAGGGAUUAAUGACAUCAUGUAUGAUUGCCAAAAUUGUAGAUUAUGUUUAGGAUGUGAAACGGACCAAAUGGUUAUCUUUAGAUCAUGAACAGGACCAAAGGCAAAAGAGAGCUGUGUUAAUGUUUAUGUAGUAGAUUUACUAGAAUCCCAUUAAAAAAAAAAUGAAUUAAAUGAGAAACAAAUAACUUCCUAAAUCUGAACACUUAGGACCACAGAAAUCUGUUUUUCAACUUUAUAGGAACAAAAUUUGCUUUAUUAGAAUAAGUUAUUUUUUGCAUUUUCUGAUCUAAAUAACUAAUUGUGGUCUAAUAAAUAAUACUUCAAGUUGGUGUUUAUUUGGCAUAUAGAAGAUUGACUUAAUAUGUAGAGUCUUUUGUACUAUUGUAAUUUUAGCACAGAGUUUAUAGACCACGGUGUAAGUUAAACCCAAGUUCAGAAUACGAGCCCUUGAGUUUAAAGUCAGAUGGGCAUCAGUUUUCAUGGGGAGUGGAUAAUUAUUUGCUGAUCCCAGACUUGGUAAAAAGCAUUGGAAAUGCCUGUAAAUUAGAUAUUUUCAGGGGAAAGCAAACUAGGUGUACCAUCAAGGAAUUCUUUGACAUAGCCUGGUUAACCUCAUGCAACUGUCACGCCAGGGAAAAGUGAGAUGGCAUUACCAUAAGGCAAUUUCUAGUAGCAUUUCAUAGACUCUUCUGGUCAUAAAUCCUGUUCAACUCUGGGUGAUUUAUAUCAAAAUGGUGUCGAAUUCCCUGUGAAAAGAUAUGUAAUCUGCCUUUAAUUGGCUGUUGAACUAAAUGGUAGUAACCAUAGUAACCAUUUAGUAGAAAAGUAACCUCUAUAGUCCCAGCACACUCUAUACCAUCCAUUUGCAAUCUGAUAUUAGAGAAAUUUGCAAGGGCAUUCGAUUGUGUGAUUACAAUGAAAAGGAUUUGCUAUGUCGAUAUCAUGAAAGUAGAAAUGUACUGUUAAGACUACAUAUGUAAAUCUAAAUAUUUUACUGUUUUUACUGAUUAUUUGCUUUCCAUAGAAAUACAGAAAAUUGUGUAUUAUGAAUGUACCAAUCUCCAAUAUUACAUGUUGUAUUUGUCAUUUCUCUAUAUUGUACGCUUGCUCAAAAUAUUAAGAAUUCUAUGAAAAAUACUUUAUCAAAUGUAUAGUGUAUGUGUAGAUAGCAGCAAAGCAAACAUGUGAUGGCUUAUUUUUUGAUGAAUGAUAAAGCAAGUUUAAAGUUUGUUUUUGAUUGUUGAGAAAACUCACCAUUUGUUUUGCUAACUCUAAUAGUUUAUUUCCAAAGUUUUUGUGUAGGCUUUGCUCUGUGUCAAUUCUGUCAAUUUUUUUUUUUACAAAUUUCUAUUGUGAAGUUAAAAGAUGAUUUUGUGAGUGAUAAUAUAAUGCAAAUAGCACACCUUAACUAUAUGAUUUCAUUAUUACGCUAUCAGGAAGUAUCUUGAACAUGCAUUCGGCAUAUACAUAGUUCAAUAAAAAGUAUUGAUUUAUAUUUGGUCAAAUCAAGUUAUUUAGCUUCUAGAUAUUGAUUUGUAACAAUGAUGUUCAAAAUACCAAGUACUUGUUAUCAUUAAUUUAAGCCAUAUUGAUAGAAAAUUUUAUCCAAAAGAUUUACAGAUUAUGAAAGAAACUUUAAAUGACACUAAUUUCAGAUUCAAGAUAGAAAUUAAACCAUAUUUUACCAGGCAUUUUCAGUUUUUGUCUGUUCUUAAUAGUAAGGUGGCCUAAUAACUUGCCAGAAGUGUGCCCCGUAUAUCCACUUUAGGAGCAGGAGAAUCAAAUGGAAAUGUCCAUUAUUAAUUAAAAAUUUUUGAAAUCGAGCACUUGGGUAAAAAAAGGAGACCCCAAAUCUGUGAAGACUUUGCAUCAGUCAAGUACCUUCAGACCAGGGUUCUAUUACACAAAGGAUUAAUUUGUACAUUGUAGUUAUUGCUAAGCUUUGUGUUACGGGCCCCUAGACAUGCAAAACAUUUUCGGUCAAGACAAUCAGAUUUCUGUGGUGGUCCUAAGAUAUUUGAUUUAUGCAGAUUCUGCUAUAUUUUGUCAUGAUCUUUUAAAAUAUCGAAAUUAGAAAUAACUUCCAGUCAAAUUAUAAAUUUUUGGGACAACCAAGAUCAAUUUCAAAUGCAACAUGAUUGCAAUCUUCUGAACAUCGAGUCUCCAAUGUUGUGAAAUCGAUACUUCUCAAUGCUCGUGGAAUCCACAACAACCUUUCAAUUCAUGCCUAUAUCCAUAUUGUUGUUCGCAGACAGGAAAUGCUGUAAGCCAGCGUAUUUAGUUUGUCAACCACAGUAUUAUUGUUUUUUUUAGAAUUCCUGUUCAUUAUGGUAUGUCAUUGUUGAAAAUAUGUUAGGAUUUGUUACGAUGUACUUUAAGUUUAAAGUGGAAAGCCACCUCCCAAUCAUUGUAACUUAUGUUUUGCAUUACCUGUAGAAUACUCAAGUCAUCAUUUUUGCUUCGUUGUAUGUUUGAAUUUGAUCAUUGUCUACCAGCUAUAUGUGUAUGAGGUGCACAUUUUUUUGUACAAGCACCAAAUAUGUCCACAUUUUACAACUUACAUUGCAUGGCGUAUGCUGAAUAUUAUGUGUGUAUAAAUGUAUCCUGAAUGUGUUACUUUCUUAUGAAAAGGUUAAUUUCUUUAUUAUAUUAUUAUUAUUAUGCAAACAAAAAAAAAUAUAUAAAAAAUACAAGAAAAUACUCCCUGUAAAGUUACAUGUAAAAUAUAUUAUGUGCACUUGUUAAAAUUACCAAGAGAAUUUUGUACUUUAUAGCACAUUCACCGUCAACAUGAAAACCUUCUCGUACCCUAUUCAAAACCAGGCAUGAAAAUCAGUAUGUAGGACUAAGCUUUAUUCCAUAUGAUGAAACCGGUUAUUUUUUCACUGAGACAUGGUAGCAAAAAUGGUGAAGUGCAAGAAGAGAUUUUUGUGAUGUCACUUCAGUACUCUUCAUCAGGGAGAGCCCAGUGUUAAGUCUUUAUGAAUAGAAAAGUUGUAACCUUUGAAGUUACACACAGUGAACAAUAUUGAGAGGGGUAGGGGAGGGAUCAUUUGCGAUGAAGUGUAUAGAUACCCCCCUCCAUGUACACGUAUUUCCAGAUGGUAAUUGUAAAUUGUAAUGUUUUGAAUGUGUCAAAAUCAAAUUAUAUGAUUAUAACAAGUAUAUUAUUAUGAUACUGUCCUCUUAAGUAAAAAUUGUACAAGCUUCUUUUGUUGCUUUUUGAAGAAAAGAGAAGUUUAUAAAAAAAAUUGUUAUGUCUGAAUGUUUAACAUUGUAUGUAGUUCUUUGGUCCGUAAAGUGAACUAGGACCACAUUUCAAAUUAAAAGAUAAUGGUGCAAUUCAAA